AUGGCCGAUACAACGCCUGAUCUUCCACAGGAAAUCAUAGAACUUAUCCUCUCAAAAUUAUCUCUCAAGUCUCUUCUUCAAUUCAAAACAGUUUCCAAGUCAUGGAAUACUUUGAUCUCCGAUCCUAUUUUCGUCAAAAAUCAUCACCAACAAUCUAAGCAAUCGAACUCGAACGAUCUUUUUCUACAUAAAAAGUCAUGGAAUUCUUCCGACGGGUUUUCUUUGGUUCGAUUGGAAGACGAAAAACUCCGAACCCAACGAGUAAUAGCACCCCCCCACGGAUGGGAGCACGUCUUAUGUUUUUGUGAAGGUUUGCUACUUAUACAACAAUACGGGUCCCGGAGAUUAGCGUUGUGGAAUCCAUCAACCGGAGCAGAGAAAAGUCUCUGGCUCCCUUACAAUUGCUUUAAGUCGAACUUCGGGCUCUGUCGCGAUCCAAUCACCGACGAUUUUAAGGUUGUUAUCGCGUCAUGGGAACACUACAUGGUGUACUCUUUCAAGAACAACUCUUGGAAGAAGAGGAUCAAAUACGAAUGUGUCGAGUACUAUCGGACACAGUAUAUCCCGGGUGUCUGCGUUGACGGGGCUAGCUAUUGGCUUUGGCUAAGCCAGAAUGCUACGAUAAUUAUGUAUUUUGAUCCGAGAGAUGACAAGUUCAAGAUCUUGCAGAAGACGGAGAGUGUUGUUGUGGAGGGAAACGAACCGGUUUUCGUGGCUGAAUUGAGAGGUCGUUUGUGCGUUUAUUGCAAUAACGGCAGAGACAAGGAAACGAUUCUUAUUUGGACAAAGGGAAAGGGCAUUGACAACAAUUCUUGGAACAAGUUGAUGAAUGUUGAGAAUGUGACGAUGCCGAUUUUGUGGUUUGAGCUGAAAUGUUUCAUCGGAAAUAAGAUUGUGAUUCGGAAUGCGAAAGACGAUAGGCUAGUGGUCUACAACCCUUAUGAGAAGAAGUUUGAACAAUUUGAAGACAAAGAGGUUGGUGAGUAUGGAUUGGUUCCAUAUGUGGAGAGUGUGUUUUUCCCCACUCAAAACACCAAGCUCAAGAGGAAGCGAAAGGAUUUAUAA